UCCUCCCUCACGUCUCCUCAAUCUGUCCAAGAUGAAGGCCUCGACCAUCGUUGCCCUGCUCGCAGGUCUCGUCAGCGCUGCCCCGGCCGACGUUGACAGGCGCCAGAUCGGAUCGUCGACUUCGAACGAGCUCACCAGCGGUGCUUGCCGCGAUGUGAUCUUCAUCUUCGCUCGCGGAACGACCGAACGAGGGAACAUGGGAAGCACUGUGGGACCGCAAACCUGCAGCGCUUUGAAGAGCCGCAUUGGAUCAACCAGUGUCGCCUGCCAGGGUGUCGGUAGCCCCUAUGCCGCCGAUGUCACUGGCAACUUUGGCACGAGAGGUGCCUCGACCGUAGGAAUUGCUGAGGGCAAGAGGCUCUUUGACUUGGCGGCUUCUAAAUGCCCCAACAGUCAAAUUGUUGCUGGCGGAUACAGCCAAGGUGCAGCCCUCAUCGCCGCUUCGGUCACCGAUGUCAGCGCAGCUGUGAAGGCGAAGAUUGCAGGCGUUGUUCUCUUCGGAUACACCAAGAACCAGCAGAACCGAGGUGUGAUCCCAGGUGGAUAUCCCGCGAGCCAAACCAAGGUGUACUGCAACAUCGGCGACUUGGUCUGCACUGGCUCCCUGACCAUCACCGCCGCCCACUUGACCUACGGUCGCGAUGCUUCGUCGGCAGCUCAAUUCUUGCAGGGCACUCUUUGAGAGAUCAUGCUUGGAAGCAGCAGGUCAACGAGGGUCGUGCGAGCUUGGGAGUGCAUUUUAAGCAGGAGAAUGGAGGUGUUCGGGAGGGAAUGGGGUGG